GACAUUUGACGGAACAGACGGAUUGCGCGUCAAAAAUGGAAAAUCCAAAUAUAUAACCUUAAAGUUUGUUAUGUUUACAAUAACAACGCUUAUAAAUCUUUAUUUCUUACGUUAGCCUGACCAAACUCUUGUGUUUAUAUUUCAAAAAGUAUUUCCUUAAAAAUGUUUAAGAUGUUAAGAAGAAAUGUGAAAACUUUAUUUCAAUAUCAAAGUGUUAUUGAAUCAAAAAGACCAUUUUAUUGUGGAGUUUGUUUAAAAAAUCCUCGAAACCCUCCAAAUAAGCCUUCACCGGGUAUAGCUAGUAAAUAUCAAAUUCUAUCAGAAUCUAACUCGCCUGUUAUUGAACACACAGCAGAUGAAAAUUAUAGCAGGGAAAAUAGUUAUCUAAUCCUAAGUGACGAAUUUGAUGGCAUAAAUUUGGAACGAGGCAAAAAUGGUGUAUUUGAUAUUGAAGACUUAGUGGAAAUAUUGCAAAGAGAAAACUCAAAAGAUAUAUUCGUCGCUACUGUACCUAAAGAAAUAAACUAUGUAGAUUAUAUCUGUGUUGUUAGUGCGAAAAGUAAAAGACAUAUUUUUGCAUUAGCAGAAUUUGUUAGAAAGGUUUAUAAAAAAAAAUGUAAUAAAUCUGAUCAUAUACCUAGAUUAGAAGGUAAAAACUCUGAUGAAUGGAUCGCUUUAGACUUAGGUAAGUUAAAUAUUUGA